GGUCUCCUUUGGCCGCCGCCCGCUCGGGCCCCUCGGCGGCGCACGCACCGGGAGGACUCGGACCCGGGCCCCGUCGCCGCUCCCGGGAGUCCCGCGGCCACCCAGCCGCCGCGCCGCCGUUGGGCAUGGACUCGGGCCAGGACUUCCUGACCCUACACGGUCUACAAGAUGACCAAGACCUGCAGGCCCUGCUGAAGGGCAGCCAGCUCCUGAAGGUCAAGUCCAAUUCAUGGCGGAGAGAGCGCUUCUACAAGCUGCAGGAAGACUGUAAGACCAUCUGGCAGGAGUCCCGCAAGGUCAUGAGGUCCCCAGAGUCGCAGCUGUUCUCCAUUGAGGACAUUCAGGAGGUGCGCCUGGGGCACCGCACCGAGGGCUUGGAGAAGUUUGCCCGUGAUGUGCCCGAAGACCGCUGCUUCUCAAUCAUCUUCAAGGACCAGCGCAGCCCGCUCGACCUCAUCGCCCCAUCACCCGCCGAUGCCCAGCACUGGGUACAGGGGUUGCGGAAGAUCAUCCACCAUUCGGGUGCCAUGGACCAGCGACAGAAGCUGCGGCACUGGAUUCACUCCUGCUUGCGCAAAGCGGACAAGAACAAAGACAACAAGAUGAGCUUCAGAGAGCUGCAGAACUUCCUGAAGGAGCUCAACAUCCAGGUGGACGACGGCUACGCCCGCAAGAUCUUCAGGGAGUGUGAUCACUCGCAGACGGACUCACUGGAGGAUGAGGAGAUCGAGGCCUUCUACAAGAUGCUGACCCAGCGGGACGAGAUCGACCACGCCUUCGCUGAGGCCGCAGGCUCAGCCCCGGUGUUGUCGGUGGAUCAGCUGGUGGCAUUCCUGCAACACGUGCAACGGGAGGAGGAGGCGGGACCCAGACUCGCCCUCUCCCUCAUUGAGCGCUAUGAGCCCAAUGAGACUGCCAAGGCCCAGCGCCAGAUGACCAAGGAUGGCUUCCUCAUGUACCUGCUGUCGGCAGACGGCAGCGCCUUCAACUUGGCACACCGGCGGGUCUACCAGGACAUGAGCCAGCCGCUCAGCCACUACCUGGUGUCCUCGUCCCACAACACCUACCUGCUGGAGGACCAGCUCACAGGGCCCAGCAGCACGGAAGCCUACAUCCGGGCCCUGUGCAAGGGCUGCCGCUGCCUGGAGCUUGACUGCUGGGAUGGGUCCAACCAGGAGCCGGUCAUCUACCAUGGCUACACGUUCACGUCCAAGAUCCUCUUCUGUGAUGUCCUCAGGGCCAUCCGUGACUACGCCUUCAAGGUGUCCCCCUACCCUGUCAUCCUGUCCCUGGAAAACCACUGUAGCCUGGAGCAACAGCGUGUGAUGGCGCGACACCUUAAUACCCUUCUGGGCCCCAUGCUGCUGGACAGGCCACUCGACGGGGUCACCAGCAACCUGCCCUCCCCUGAGCAACUGAAGGGGAAGAUCUUGCUGAAGGGGAAGAAGCUGGGGGGGCUCCUGCCUUCCGCAGGGGAAGGAGGCCCCGAGGCCGCGGUGGUGUCGGAUGAGGACGAAGCCGCCGAGAUGGAGGAUGAGGCGGUGCGCAGCCGCGUGCAGCACAAGGCCAAGGAGGACAAGGUCAGGCUAGCGCAGGAGCUCUCCGACCUGGUCAUUUACUGUAAGAGCGUCCAUUUCGGGGGCUUCUCCAGCCCCGGCUCGCCAAGGCGGGCUUUCUACGAGAUGAUGUCCUUCUCCGAGAACCGCGCCCUCCGCCUGCUGCAGGAGUCAGGAAACAGCUUUGUCCGCCACAACGUGAGGCACCUGAGCCGCAUUUACCCAGCUGGUUGGCGAACAGACUCCUCCAACUACAGCCCAGUGGACAUGUGGAACGGGGGCUGCCAGAUCGUGGCCUUGAACUUCCAGACCCCUGGGCCUGAGAUGGACGUGUACCAGGGUCGUUUCCUGGACAAUGGGACCUGUGGCUACGUGCUGAAGCCAUCCUUCCUAACAGACCCCAACACCACCUUCAACCCCCGGGCCCUGGACCAGGGCCCUUGGUGGGCCCGGAAGCGGCUCAGCGUCAGGAUCAUCUCAGGCCAACAGCUACCAAAAGUCAACAAGAGUAAGAACUCCAUCGUGGACCCCAAGGUGACGGUGGAGAUCCAUGGUGUGAGCCGGGACACGGCCAGCCGCCAGACGGCGGUCAUCACCAACAACGGUUUCAACCCACGGUGGGACACGGAGUUUGAGUUCGAGGUGGUGGUGCCAGAACUUGCCCUGGUGCGCUUCGUAGUGGAGGAUUACGACGCCUCCUCCAAAAACGACUUCAUUGGCCAGAGCACCAUCCCACUGUACAGCCUCAGGCAGGGAUACCGCCAUGUCCACCUCUUGUCCAAGACCGGAGACCAGCACCCGUCAGCCACCCUCUUUGUGAAGAUCUCCCUCAAGGACUAAGCAUGGGGGGCUCCCCAUGGGGUCUCUCUCAAGGGGAGCAGACCCUCGGCCCACCCUGUGGGACAGCACUACCAUGGCUGUACCAGGCCAGAGAUCCCGCACUACACCGCACGGCAUUGGUCCCUCCGUAUGGUCUGUGCUGCUGCUCUGGGGCCAGGGGGCUGGCGGGUCCCUGGAGCUGACCUUGGUCACUGCAGCCCGCCCAACCUCUGGAGCCAGCCCUAGAUCAAGAGUUUUUAUAAAACUCAC